GUACGAGGGGUGCGUUUGAGUACUGCACAGCUAAAUGGCGGAUGAGGACAAGGAACGGUAGCGCGAACAAUAACACCUCACAAACCCAUUAAAGCUCUUGUGAAUCGGCUCACUUUGCAGAUGCAAAAGCCACUUGCAGAGGGUGCAGUCAUUCCUAUGUGGCUAUAAACAUACAUUGAUUCAGUUUAGGCACGAUUGAUCGCGGGUUUGAGCGAGCUCCAGAGGAAGUCAGUCUCUUCAUGGUGGUUGUAAUAUGGGGGAUUCGCUCGGUCUGAUCGGGAAGCGGCUGCUGCUGCUGCUCAAUGAUGGUAGCUCCGCCGCGGCGGCGGCGGCUGGAACGUGUGGUGAGAUGGAUCAGGCGGCCUGGCUCCACGGUACCGUGCGGGCGGUCAGUGUGAUCGGGCUGGCGAGCCCUGGGGUGGAGGUGUUCAUGGAAUUUGAGGAGAGCCCUUGGCGGCAGCGCUCCUGGGUGCAGGUGUAUGGGGAUGAAGUGCGUGCAGUUCUGAUGGAGAGUGCCAUUAUCUGGGCAAACUGCAGCGACCCUUCCCUCUCUGCUGUUGGAGGAGCUGGCGCAACUCAAUGGCCAGCCUUGAUGUUCAAACCACUAGUCGACCGUGUGGGUUUGGGAUCCCUGGUUCCUGUCGAGUUCUUUGGAACUAGAACUUUGGUGUUUCUCACCAAUGAAAAUUCACUGCAGGCUUUUGAGGCUGAGAAAGAUUUAAGACACACUCUACUACAGGAGCAGCCAGCACUACAAGCUGCCAUCAGCAGUUGGCACAGUGACUCUGAGUUGCAGGAGAUCCUGCGGAAAGGAUCGUACACUAUUCAGGGACGGAGAGUGCAAGUGUACCAGCCGGAGUUUGAGGAGCCCUGGGCCCUGGGACUUGUAUCACAGCAUGAUCCUGUUUCACACAUUAUGGAGAUUACCAUGGACCAGGGUGAGGAAACACAGGUGGUCGAUCCUCGUGUCAUUCAUGUAAUGCUUGCUGUGGAACAAUUAGAUGAGAGCAAAGAUCGACGCAGGAAGGAGAUUGAUAGUGGGAAAGGUGAGGGCAGUCGGCGGUGCCGGACAGCAUCCGGAGGAGAUGAAGAUAUUACUCCCAAACGUUUCAAAGGUGCUGGAGAGGGUGCCUCUGACAACCAGAAUGGGAAUGUUUCCAACAAGGAUCCUGAGGCUAUGGUAACAUGCGUAAAGAUGCCAGCAGUAGAAGUAGUGGAGGGAAAGGAUGUAGGGGGUGGAGUAGGUGGGAGGGUGACGAGCACCUGUAGUCCAGUAGCAUUGCCAAGCCAAGACUCCUCUAACAACAGAAAAUCCUCUCAGCAGGACCACUCCCACAUAAGGACUGCAGGUUUUGUCAAGGAGAAUGGCAGUUCUGUCCCAAACCAAGAAAGGAUAGCUUCAAUAUCAGCUGUGCUUCCUGGGUCCACUCCAACACCACCUCCAUUGAAGCCUGCCCCAUCACCCUUUUCUAACACUUUUCCCUCUUUGGGUCAGAUGCCCAGCUUGGUACCAGGGGCCCCUGCCCCCAAAUCAUCCCCCUCACUCCCAGCACUAGAGAGAGAAGAAAGUGUCCUUUCAGAGUAUCCUAAAACAGCUGCCCUGGUGUCUCCAGGUCCUGUGACCAUCUCAUCACCUUCCCAAGACAAUGCUUCAAGUGUGGCUCUUUCUGCUUCUGCAGAUGCAAACCAAAAGUCCAGUAUGUGGGGAUCAACCACAGAGGCAAUCCAGACAUCCAAGACCCCUGCUUUUGCUGCCACAGGAUUUGGUCCCUUUCAACAUAAACAGUCAAGUGAGGGAGUGGUAGGGGCACAGACAAACGGCUCUUCCCAGGAGGACAAGCCUUUUGGCUUUCCCUUUGCAGCUGCAAAAGAACCGCAGAGGCAGGAAUCUGAUCCCUCGCAGAAUCUGUUCUUCCAAUGCAUGUCUCAGAACCAGAGUAUCACUCAAGGCCAAUCAAAGACCUUCACAUCUUUGUCGGAGUGCCUGAACAAGGAGGCACCCAGCCUGUUCAAGCCUUCCGCUCCCUCUGAGGGUUUCAAAAAGUCGGUUGUGGCUUCUGCAUCUGCUGGACUGUUUGGUUCAGCACCUGCUAGUGGCCUGUCACCACUGAAAGAGCAGCCCAAAGUGCCUGAUAUCAAGCCUGCAGGCAAUGGAAUUCUAAAGAACAAGCCUUUUGGAGUGGUUGGGGAGGCACACAGCAAACUCCCAGCCACUUUUCCCACAGCUAUAGUUGGCAGCCAAGUUGCAAAUUCUGCAGAGGUUCUGAAGCCUUCCUUAGGACUAGGAACCAGUGGACCUGGAAGUGGCAGCAGUGGGAUUAGAAAUGUUAACAGCUCUAACCCAGUCAGUGGCUUUGGUUUGCUUAGUGGCAACAAGGUUUCAGAAACUCAUGAAAACCUGUUCCUACAGGCUUCAAAGGAGACAAACCCAUUUCUUGCAUAUGGUAAAGCUGUUUCACACAGUCCUUUUAGUGCAUUAUCAUCUUCCAAGUCAUCCUCUGUUGUACUCCCUGUCCCAUCCACAUCUGCUGUUCCACCUUCGGGCAGCAUUAGUCUACUUUGUAAAGAUCCUCCUGGUAAUGAUGCCAAACCAAAUUUAUUCACCAUGGCAGAACCCCCUAAAGGAAUCUUAACCCCCCAGUUUGCACCUUCCUCUCUUAUGACCACUCCUGCAUUGGUAGCCCUGGAUGGGCAACAAACAUCCAAACCAAACAAAGAGGGUUCAGAUGUUAGCACCAGUGUCAGUGAUGAAGGUCAAGGUGUUGCCACGUCCCUUGACCAGACGUCACAGAACUUUACCCUGGAGGAACGCGGGCAGUCCACCAAACGGGAGUCAGAGUCCAGUAGCAACAGUGACCUGUCUGAUUUGAGUGACAAUGAAGAGAACUCUGGGCAGAGCCAAAAGCCUGGGUUUCAGGCAGCAGCUGAGGAGAAAAAGACACAGCCUGUGGCUAAGAGCCGGCCACGGAGCAAACCCUUUACAGUGGGACAGUCAGUGUUGAAGGAUCAGAGUAAGGUUCGGCGAUUGAAGCAAUCCGGCGAGUCCUUUCUGCAGGAUGGUUCCUGCAUUAAUGUGGCCCCUCACCUCCACAAAUGUCGCGAGUGCCGUCUGGAGUGCUACAGGAAAUCCCGCGAACAGGACUCGGAUGAUGAUGAUCCCAAUGUGGCCUGUCGAUUUUUCCACUUUCGCAGACUGGCUUUUACUAAGAAUGGAGUCCUUCGUGUGGAAGGUUUUCUGAGCCCCCAGCAGAGUGAUAAUAUGGCAAUGGGGCUGUGGCUUCCCACCAUUGCAGCAAAAGAGGGACUUGACUUGGACACGUCUAAAUACAUUUUGGCCAAUGUUGGUGACCAGUUUUGCCAACUGGUCAUGUCAGAGAAAGAGGCCAUGAUGAUGGUAGAGCCCCAUCAGAAAGUGGCAUGGAAACGAGCUGUCAGGGGAGUGAGGGAAAUGUGUGACGUGUGUGAAACGACACUCUUCAACAUCCACUGGGUGUGUCGCAAAUGUGGUUUUGGAGUUUGCCUUGACUGCUACCGGCUACGCAAGAACAGGCCACCUGAAGUAGAUGAUGGCCCUGAAGAAGAGGUGUUCUCAUGGCUGAAAUGUGCUAAAGGCCAGCCACACGAACCACAGAACCUCAUGCCUACUCAGAUUAUACCUGGCACAGCCUUGUAUAGCAUUGGUGACAUGGUCCAUGCAGCCAGAGGAAAAUGGGGGAUCAAAGCUAACUGUCCAUGUACUAGUCGACAUAACAAACCUUUGUUGCGGCCCAGUGCUCCAAAUGGCCUUUCACAGUCGGGUGCAGCUAACAGUACAGGGAAUGGAGCCUCCUCCACUCCAGCCAUAUCCCGUCCAAAUGGCGAAUCUGCAACUGGUGCAGUAGUUAAAACAGAACCUGUCGAAGAGGGGGACAAUACUGACACAACAUCAGGCACUAGUGGAGCAAAUACCAGCACAACUACCCCUGCUGCUGCCCAGACGUCAGGCACAAAGGAUGGCAAAGGCAGUUCCUCAGCCCUUCACUGGCUGGCUGACUUGGCCACGCAAAAGGAGCCCAAAGAAUCUCUGCGAUCCAUGAUGGGUCGUGACUCCCGUCCUCUGUUUGGCCUGGACUCUUUCAGCACCCUCUCCAAACCUUCAGGGUCUAGCCCUAAGCUCUUCAAUAGUCUAUUGCUGGGCUCUGGGCCCUCCCAACCGAAAGCAGAGGGAACUAGCCUCCGAGAUCUGCUUAAUUCUGGCCCUGGCAAGCUUCCGCAAGGUCCCACAGAGGGUGGAGUCCCCUUCCCUUCAGUGUUUUCCACUACUGGGUCAGACAAAAUGAAGGGAGGACUUCCUAACUUCCUGGAUCAUAUCAUUGCAUCAGUGGUGGAGACAAAGAAGGCAGAGGUUCGACGUGCAUCAGGGUCAGCAGAAGGUGGGGAGUCGGGGAGUGUUCCUCGCAGAGAGGGGGUGAUGGGUCUGAGUGUUCUAGACCCCAACACUUCCCACUCCUGGCUGUGUGAUGGGCGCUUACUCUGUCUGCAGGACCCCAGCAACACUAACAACUGGAAAAUUUUCAGAGAGUGCUGGAAACAAGGGCAGCCUGUGCUUGUCUCAGGCAUAGACAGGAAGCUGAAGGGUAACUUAUGGAAGCCUGAGGCCUUCAGUGAGGAGUUUGGAGACCAAGAUGUUGACCUUGUCAACUGUAGGAACUGCGCCAUCAUCUCUGAUGUCAAGGUCCGAGACUUCUGGGAUGGCUUCCAGGUCAUUUCCAAGCGGUUGCAAGGUGGAGACGGCCAGCCUAUGGUACUUAAACUUAAAGAUUGGCCUCCUGGAGAAGAUUUCAGAGAUAUGAUGCCAACUCGGUUUGAUGAUCUCAUGGAUAACCUCCCCCUACCAGAGUACACAAAGAGAGAUGGCCGCCUCAACUUGGCCUCUCGUCUUCCAAACUUCUUUGUUCGCCCAGAUCUUGGUCCUAAAAUGUACAAUGCCUAUGGUCUGAUCUCCACAGAAGACAGGAAGGUUGGCACCACUAACCUUCAUCUGGAUGUAUCUGAUGCAGUUAAUGUCAUGGUGUACGUGGGUAUCCCAGAAGGAGACGGUGACCAGGAAAAUGAAGCAGACCUCGCUGGAUUCAAAGAGGUGAUGCAGACCAUUGAAGAGGGUGAUGUCGAUGAAAUGACCAAGAGAAGAGUCUAUGAGAUAAAGGAGAAACCCGGAGCUCUCUGGCACAUCUACGCAGCCAAAGACGCUGAAAAGAUCCGCGAGCUCCUCCGAAAGGUUGGGGAGGAACAGGGUCAAGAGAACCCACCAGAUCAUGACCCUAUCCAUGAUCAGAGCUGGUACCUGGACCAGACACUGCGUCACAGGCUAUACGAAGAGUAUGGAGUCCAGGGCUGGUCCAUUGUGCAGUUUUUGGGAGAUGCUGUUUUCAUCCCAGCGGGAGCGCCACAUCAGGUGCACAACCUGUACAGUUGUAUCAAGGUUGCAGAGGACUUUGUUUCUCCUGAGCACGUGAAGCACUGUUUUAGACUGACGCAAGAGUUCCGUCACCUUUCGAACACUCACACUAACCACGAGGACAAGCUACAGGUGAAGAACAUCAUCUACCAUGCCGUGAAGGAUGCUGUGGGAACACUAAAAGCCCAUGAAUCUACUAAGCUAGGACGUUCUUAGUUGUUUCCAGUCAAGCCUGAAUAUGGUUGGGAAAUCACAGUCAGAUUAGUUCUUGGGUAGAGUGUGAUAGGUUUGGAUAAGGCCAGUCUGCUUGCAAAACAAGCUGUUUAUAAUGGAAUGUCUCAGAGUUCUGGUAGGAUGAAGAUUCUGCUUCAUCAGUGUUACAGAACCAUUUUGUUUGUUUUCCAAUCUUUUUCUCUGUAUUUAAAAGUCUGUACUUUCUCGGCAUUCAAAGUUUGGUGGACAAUUCCAAGAGCUGAUAUAAGCUGACAUGCAUCUUUUAAAAGGCCUUCAAGAAGGUUCCUAUAAGACUUCUGUGAAACUGUGAGCACUGGGUUUCUUUCUUAGUGAACAUUCUUUUUGGGCUCUUCAGUGAAGGAGAGCUUUUAUUUGUGAAGGGGGUAAACAGAAAUAAAAUUGAUUAAAAGAUUCCCAUCACUUUUUCCUGAAGAGGUGGUUAAGAGCAUGGAAGGGAACUAGACCAAAGUUUUGUAUUUUUAGCUCACAUUCUUUCUUUUUUUAUUUUUUAGAUGAGAACAUUGUUCUUGUUUGCUUUUUUUUGUUUUUUGUAAUACGUCAUUAGAUGUUAUUUCACUGACAGCAAGCGUUAGUCUGGCUUUGAGGAAUGGUCAUUCAAGAAUCAACUAUUCCAGUUCUGCAGAACUACUGGUCAUUAAUAUGUACCAAUAUAUAUAUUGAUAUUAGCAGUGUGUAUUACUUUUUGUUUUCCAAAAUAAAAGUGUUUAAAAAAAAAAAAAAAAAAAAAAAAAAAAAAAGGUUUGGCCCUGUUAUUUGGAAAUGACAAUGAAUAUGAAUUUCUUAGCUAUUUAUUUGUUUAAUGCUUACUAUUUUAUUUGAUAAGACAUUUUGUGGUUCAUGGAUGACACUGCAAUAAACUAAAGCUUUUGAAAUAUU